AAUGUCAAUAUAUUGUAGUGUAGCAAUCUGAUUUUAUCAUGUGUCUACGGGAUUCAAGUUGAAAGCAUUUUUUCUCAAUAUAUUCACGAACAUUUUUCUAAAGAUCUCUUAGCUUCAUUCGAAACCCAGUAAAACUGGUAUGCCAAUAAAGGACGCAAUCGAUCCUAUUUUUCUCAACUAGCAAUAUGUUGUUGAUGUAAAUUUUAAUCAAAUUUCACUUUCAUCUUAUGCUUAGCUCCGUCACCCCCGCUUCCGUCACCACCUGUACCUCAGUCAUGGGGCCCCCCGCUGCCGCCGCCACCACCACCUGUACCUCAGUCAUGGGUCCUGCCGCAGCCGCCGCCACCACCACCUGUACCUCAGUCAUGGGGCCCGCCGCAGCCGCCGCCACCACCACCUGUACCUCAGUCAUGGGGCCCGCCGCCACCACCGCCUCUACCCCAGGCAUUGGACCUGCCGCGCCCGCCGCCGCCACCCCCUCUCCCCCAGGCAUGUGACCCGCC